AUGCUGGACGUCCGCUUGGCUAUAAAGUUUGAGCUUGCCUGUUCCGCCGCUGAAAUUGUGUUCGGUGCCACUGUCGCCUGCCCGACAGACAGUCUUUCCGGCUACGUCCAGCCCAAGGAUCUCCGAGUCUUGUCGCAAAAGAUAUAUUCUUGCGUUAACCUCCGAUAUGUUCGAGUUCACCGACCACUGGAACCGCUCUACGACGAUUCCUACUUCACACAACACCGAAUUCGUGAGAAAGUCGUACGCGUGAACAAAGUCAAAUCUGCAGUUCCAGCACUCCUCCAAACGAUCCUAUCGAGGAGUGUUAAGGCUAAAAAGGUUAGCUUUAACUGCUCUGAUCUUCCAGGCGCAGUUCCUUAG